CCGUGGUGAAGACGUCGUGUCGGAGGCAGAGACUCCGCUCCGGGAGCAGGUGAGAAACACGCGUAGGAAUGAGCCCGCUGAACAGGGGCCCGCUCAUGGGGCCCAGAAUACCGCCGCCCCGGUUCGUCGGUAGACUAACGCCGCGCCACGGUAUGCCGCCGCGGAUGCCGCCGCCGCCGCCGCCGUUGAAUCCGAUGUUCGGGCCGGGCGGGCCGCGCCAGAGGCUGCCGCCGCCGCCGCGCUCCGGGGUGUCCCGGCCCAACGGCAUGCUGCCGAGGUUCCCCGGCGGCCCCAGGGCGCGCGGCAUGGCGCCCAUCGUGCCGCCUAUGGGGCCGCGCGGCUCCGGCCUACCACUUGGCCCGCCCAUGCGGCCGUGGCCGCGGAGGAUGCCGCUGCCGCCGCAGAUGAUGCCCAUGAGGCCCAGAUUCGCCUCGGAACGGAUGGGCAACGGGAACGCGAAGGGCAAGGCGAUGGGGAGCUCGAAGAAGAGCAAAUUCGACGAUUUAGAAUUAAAGAAACCAUGGAUGACUGACGAAAUUCGUAAUGAGAUUCAAAGAAAAAACAAACUGUACGCUAAAGCAAAAAAGAACAAAGAGGCAGUAGAAUGGGAAGAAUUUAAGGAUAUUCGCAACCGAGUCACGAGGAUGAUAAGAGACGCAAAAAAUGAAUACCUUGCAAAGCAUCCGGAACAGGCUCAUCUGUAUCCAGUUGAUGAAGAGCCGUAUGAUCAGAGAGAUGAAAAUAAUGUCAGUUCUGAUGACGACGACGCACCUCAUUAUUGCGAGGUCUGUGAUAGAGAUUUUCCAUCCGAGGAUGCCCUUGUCGAGCACAAAAGCACGCACAUGCUUUGUGGGAUUGAUGACUGCACGUUUUCGGCGCAUCCUAUGCUCGUUCAAAAACAUAUUAGUAUGCAGCAUCGUACCGGUUUGUAUCAGAGAAUUAAGGAUUUGUCGACACCGGAAGACAUCGAGAAAUGGAUAACUGAGCGGAAAAAGAGGUAUCCCACUGAGGAAAACAUCAAGUUGCGCAAGGCGGAAGAGCAAGAAAAAUUACAACGAGGGGAAGUAAUCAAGGAAAAUUCUAAUGUACACAUGAAAAUGAAAAAGAACAUGCGCGAGAAAAAACGCAAACCUCGCAAACGACGUACAUACGAAACUAACAACUCCUUCCAUGCGGUAGAAACGUAUAGAGGUUUACACCCGUUUCCUGGAAUAAGUGUUUUACAAGAAGAUAGCCUGGCUUGCUCGGAUGAACAGGUGGGACAAACAGAUUUGCAGGAAAAUGUUAUUGACAAUAUCUCGGACGAGGAUGAUGUACCGCAAGCACCUACGACACCCGAGUCCACUAAUUUACCCGUGAUCAGUUUGCCUGUAUUACCUAUUUUAGUAGCAGAUUAUGAAAGUGAAGACGACGAUGAAGGUCCAGAAGAAGUGCCGGUGAAAAAGGUAAAAAUAGAGGAGCAAGAUACUAAGGUAACGGAUGAUACGAUCAAAGAAGAAGAUUCUGUACAAGUUUGUGAAAAGACUUCUGAUACACGAUCUGAUACCAGUGCGGGUGAUAACUCAAGUAAUAAACAAAUUAAUGAAAAUUCAAAUAAUAAAUCUCAAGAUACUGUCGCUAAAUAUCAAAAUAAGCAAAUUCCCGAAACAAAUCGAAUACUAGCUAAUAACAAAAAUGAGAGGAUUCUACAUAGAUAUCGUAAUAAAUUAUUAGAAAAAUUGCUUUCGCGUUCCAUACAGCAUGAAAGAAAUUUAAUUUGUCAGUGCGUGAAAUAUAUUAUAGAAAACAAUUUCUUCGAUUGUAACUGAUCUGGAACGAUUAUGCAAAAGAAUUUAAGAACAAUUUUACGGCGUUUUUUCUAAUACAAAUAUAAAUAUUUAUAAGAAUAAAAAUCUGUGAUUGUUAAAUCUACAAAAUGUA